GUAGGCCCAACAAUCAAGGCCCAUCUUUCAUAAAAACCCUAGCUACCAUUGUCAUCUCCUCUCUUCUCCUUUUAUAAUAAAAGUUUGUUUCAGUCGGCACUCUAAACCCUACCUCUCCUCCAUCAACAUCCAUAUCUGAGUACUAUUUUCUCGGAGAGAGAAAGUAUGAGUAAGCUGAGUAGUGAUGCUGUGAGAGAGGGCAUAGCUCAGAUUGUUAUCAACUCGAAAGAGAAGAAUCGUAAGUUUACUGAAACCAUUGAGCUUCAAAUCGGUUUGAAGAACUAUGACCCCCAAAAAGACAAGCGUUUCAGUGGCUCUGUUAAGCUUCCUCACAUUCCUCGUCCUAAGAUGAAGAUUUGCAUGUUGGGGGAUGCUCAACACGUUGAAGAGGCUGUGAAAAUAGGAUUGGACUAUAUGGAUGUGGAGGGAUUGAAAAAGCUUAACAAGAACAAGAAACUUGUGAAGAAGCUUGCCAAGAAGUUUCAUGCUUUUUUGGCUUCUGAAGCUGUUAUUAAGCAAAUUCCUCGUCUUCUGGGUCCUGGACUCAACAAGGCAGGUAAGUUUCCAACAUUGGUUACCCAUCAGGAGUCUUUGGAGGCAAAGGUCAAUGAAACCAAAGCCAUGGUGAAGUUCCAACUUAAGAAGGUGCUUUGUAUGGGAGUUGCUGUUGGAAAUUUAUCCAUGGAGGAGAAGCAGAUCUUUCAGAAUGUGCAAAUGAGUGUCAAUUUUCUAGUGUCACUAUUGAAGAAGAAUUGGCAAAAUGUGAGGUGCUUGUACUUGAAGAGUACCAUGGGAAGUGCAAUCCGUAUCUUUUAAGUUAACAUAUGCAAACUAAAAUUUAAUUAAGCAAGACAUUUUUGUUUUGAGAUUAUUGCUUCAUUAAAGUUGCAAUUUUGUUUUUGUUGGAUUCAUUCGUCCAGUUUGUAAUUUUGACAUUAAGAUUUUGUGGCUUCUAAAGGAGAAUUAGCUUAUCUUUCUUUA